AUGGUCGAAGAAAUCAAGUACGCCCGAGUUGAUAGUGACGCCAGCGAAGAUGGAGAAGGGGGAUACCAACGGCCCCUGCGGCGGCGACGGCAACACCGAGGAUGGGUCUCAGCGCUGGGCUCGUUCCUCGUCGGCCUCGCCACCAUGGGCGCGGCCACGGCCCUCUAUUCGGCCCUCACGAUGCCAGCACAGCACUCGCACGCGCGCAACCUCCCGCACGCGCGCAACGGCACCGAUCCCGACACCGGCCUCCCCCUCUCCUGGUCGCACGGCGACUGCGGCAACUCGCCCGAGGACGCCCGGGCGCGGGGCUGCCUGUACAGCAUCGUCCUGCACUCGUGGCUGCCGGCGUCCUGCCUCACCGACGACGACGCGCAGGACGCGAGGGACAUGUACCGGGGCCGCCAGUGGCCCUACGAGACCGCCGCGGGCCGAAACCUCACCAUGUUGGAGCUCGGGGCCGGCGACUACGGGCACUUCACCACCACGUUUGACUGGCACGUCGCCCACUGCAUGUACGUCUGGAAGAGGCUGCAUAGGAUCCUGCUGGACCCGACGCAGGAGCUGGACUCGUACACGGCCAAUUAUCACCACACGAGCCACUGUGUCAAGAUGAUAGGAGGUCACCCAGAGGGCAUGAAGGACUCGGGCACCAAGAUAUUUGUCAAGUAUCCAAAGUGCGCAAAAUAG